GCUCCCCAAAACCUUCUGCCCUGUCGACCCAUCGCGCCAUCGACCCUCGCCAUGUCCCGGCCACUUUGGCCGGCCUUGGGGAGCUCGGGGGGCUCGACUGGCUCGCGCGCCCGCAGUUUGAUGGCCGUGGCAACCUCGCAUCCACCGGCGCCAUUUGCGAUGGUGAGCCAAAGGCCACAGGGAGCACCCUGGUGGGCCCUCUUGGUGUCUGGCUUGGGCCUGGGAACUGCUGUGGCACUGCUCCUGCGGCUGCUGGCCUGGUGGAGGAGCUACCAGAAGUUCCAGUCCCGCCCACUCCGCGCGCUGCCGCGCCCGGACGACCGGCCCGCCGACGCGGCGGGGGGGUGGCCGCUUGCAAGAGCUGGUGGCCCAGUGGCGGAUCCACGCGGAGGAGACACGGGAGACCACUGCGUCCCUCCGAAAGUCGGUGGAGCAGCAGCAACGGCUCUACCAGAUGGUGGCGACCGACUUCCAACGGAAACUGGAUGAAGCUUCCAAGAGGAAGCUUGGCACUUUGCGCAUGGAGGUGGCCCCUGAAUCUUUGCAGCAGCUGCGCUCCUUGGUCUCCUGCAAGCAGGGUGGGCCCAGCACCUCCGGCGCACCCAGCGCCAGCGCGGCCUUGGCGCCCAGCACUGGUGCCGGGACACCGGCGCCGGAGGCAGAGGCGGCGCUGCAGCGGCUGCUGCGGACGAGUGCUUCGGAGGCUGAGGCGAAGCGCUCACUGCAGACCUUGUCAAUGAUCUUGCAGAACUUGUUGAGCCAUCCAACACAAGAGAAGUACAAGGAGGUGAGCGCCAGCAGCACCCGUUUUCGGGAGACCUUCGAAGCAUCGGACGGCGCGGCUGCAGAGCUGUUGAAGCUCGCGGGCUUCCAGCAGGAGGGUGAGAGCUUCAAAUGGCUGAACGGAAGCGGGCGAACGAUGGAAGCGUCGAAGCUGCAAGAGUUCUUGCAGGAGGCCUUGAGGGAGGAGCGCUACAAGAAGGAGGACAAGCCCAGCCCCAGAAAAGAAGACAUGGCCUCCAUGGAGGGCAUGGCGCCAUGGGCUUCGGCCAUGGUCCAGGAGCAGCUCUCAAAGCUGGGCCCCCCCUGAGCGAACGCCGCGGCCGCCCCGGACUGGCGGAACCAUGUUGCGGUGG